AUGGGAGCCCCCAGAGACAAGCGGUCGCUCCUCUCGGCUCUGCUUGUGUUCAUGGUGUGUGUCGUCUCCUCUCUGGGCCAGGAUCCAUAUUCUGGAUACCAUUCAGGCGAGGAUCAGACCUACGAGGAGUCGUCAAUACUCGACCACUAUGGCAGCUUGGCCUCUCCUCACCCGGAUUACCCCCCCGAACCCACUCACAGCUACGAUGACCUCCCGGUAGAGGAGGAUGACUACGACCCCUACGGCGCCGCCCCCACGGGGGUCACCAUGGUCACCGAGGAGUUAUAUCCGUACGCCACCACUGCUGAGUCCCACUACGCCAAGGAGGACAAGGAGGCCAUGCAGGUGCCGUUCGAGUUCCCUGACACAGACUCCUCGGAGGAGUCCGGCUUGGACGCUUCGCUUGUGGACGAGGGCCCGACUGAGUGUGACUGUGAAGCCGGAGAGCCCGGGUUCGCCGGCUUCGCAGGGCCAAAGGGGUCCAGAGGACUGCAGGGCAAAAGCGGCGAGCCGGGACAUCAAGGCAGAGAGGGAAAUGCCGGGACUGAAGGAGAGGAAGGAGCUUCUGGUUUCUCUGGAGCGAUGGGAGAGCCAGGACUUCCAGGAGACCCUGGUGAGGGUGGAGAGCUGGGUCUGAAGGGCGACGUCGGGAUGGAGGGGCCUCGAGGAGGAGUCGGAGCUCCUGGUGAGACUGGCCCUCGUGGCGACGCUGGGAGUCCAGGACCAAAAGGUGGUAAAGGUGUCAAGGGGUCUCAAGGUGACCGAGGCAAAGAGGGGCCUCAAGGACGAGAAGGGCAGAAGGGUCAAAUUGGAGCACCCGGGUUCCCAGGGGACGUCGGUGAAAGAGGCUACCUGGGUUAUCCUGGACAGCCGGGAGGUUUGGGACAGAGCGGGCCGAAGGGUACCAAAGGUCACGGCGGCCUUCCAGGCAGUGACGGUGACCCCGGAGAAGAUGGUCCUAUCGGUGUGCCUGGAGUGAUGGGAGAGCCUGGAUCACUCGGGCCCAAGGGCAGUAAAGGGGACCGUGGCGUCAGAGGCCCUCGGGGCCGAGCGGGCGCCGUGGGAGCCGUAGGAGAGCAAGGAGACGCUGGGAUCCCUGGGAAACAAGGGGCAAAGGGCCUCCAGGGCCAGACGGGGGCAAAAGGUGAAACAGGACCCGACGGAGAGAAGGGCACAGCAGGAAAGAAAGGUCUAAAAGGACAAAAGGGAGAAAAGGCAGGUGCUGGUGAUCGGGGAGAUAAAGGACAGCGUGGACCAAAAGGUGCGGUCGGUCGUGGGGGCGUCCCCGGUCCUGUCGGACCUCCUGGCGUCCCGGGGACCAGAGGGAACCGCGGCCCACUCGGUGACCCAGGGGUCAAAGGUCGUGCAGGUCCCAAAGGAGCGCAAGGUGCAGCUGGUCCCGGUCUGACUGACGAGCAGGUCCUGCAGCUCUGUAAGAGUGUGGUCACGGCGCAGAUCUCCCAGUACGCCUCCUCAAUCCGGGCCAAGUGCUCCCAGGGCUGCCCCGUCAACAACCGGACCCUCAUCGGACCGCCGGGGUCCCCGGGACUCUCAGGACCGCCCGGCAAAACUGGAAAAGCUGGAAAAGCCGGAGCAAAGGGAGCCAGAGGUGCUCAAGGUGACCAAGGACUGGAGGGGCAGAAGGGAGAGCAGGGAGACAGAGGUCAGAAGGGAGGUAAAGGCUCCGCAGGUGAUCGAGGUAAAGGCCUGCCAGGACCCGACGGACCACAAGGACUCAGAGGUUUGCCGGGUCACCCAGCAGAGCCCAAAGAUGGCGCUGAGGGACCCCGCGGCCCCCGCGGCUUCCCCGGCCCGGUCGGUCAGACCGGCAUGCUCGGGUUUCAAGGCGUGCCUGGAUUUUGUGAAGCGCGGGACUGCAGCAUUCACGCGCCGGUCAUGCGCAAAGAGCAGGGCCUGGUGAAAGGACCCGUGAGUUCAAAGAUCUGAGGACUGCUGCGGGACGAGAGGGCUGAUGGGAAUCACCCGGUGGAGGUUCAUCUCAACAAUCACACAGGAACUGGGUUUACUGAAGAAAAA